CAGAGGCCUCGGGCGGCCGUCGCGGCCAUGGCGGGCUGGACGUGCUGCCGGGUGGCCGCCGUGUCCUGCCUGGUGCUCUGCCUCUCCCUCCUCCUGCCGCGGACCUUCCUGCCCCGGGGCGGCGGCCGGCAGGAGCCCGGGGCCGCUCCGCACGCAGCGCCCGCGCCGCCCGACGGGAAGCUUGGUCGCUUUCCACUGAGGAUGCAUUCCCACGCCACUCCUGACGGCCAAGCUGCCCCUCAUUUUCCAAGGUCUCACCUAGCUGAAGCAGUUGCCAAAGCCAAGGCAGGUGGAGGUGGUAGUGGAAGCACUGGUGGAACUGGGAGAGGUCUUGUGGGGCAGAUUAUCCCUAUAUAUGGAUUUGGCAUCUUCUUAUAUAUCCUGUACAUUUUAUUUAAGCUGGCUUCCAAGGGAAAAACUACUCCUGCAGAGCGGAAAUGCCCAGCUGCUACACCUGGAAACAUGAAGAGGAAAAUUACUGACUAUGAGCUCACUCAACUCCAGGAAAGACUGAGAGAGACAGAAGAAGCUAUGGAAAAAUUAAUCAACAGAGUAGGACCUAUGUAUGACAGCAGGACUCAAAAUGUUACAACAGACCAGGAAAAAAUGUUGCUUCAACAACUCCGAGAAAUAACUAGAGUUAUGAAAGAAGGAAAAUUCAUAGAUGACAUCUCUCCUGAGAAGGAAGCUGAAGAAGCUCCUUACAUGGAAGAUUGGGAAGGUUAUCCAGAAGAGACCUAUCCUGUCUACGAUAACUCCAACUGCUGCAAGCGCAAACAGGACACAAUCCUUGUAGAUUACCCUGACCUGAGCCAACCCUCUCCAGAAGAGCUGGCAGAAAGAAUGGAGGGCAUGGAAGAUGAGGAGUAUCUUUGUGAUGAAACCCAGCUAACUGAUCUCACCACGGGAAGGGGUGGUCAGAAUUUAACACAGAAAAAGGAUGAGGCGACUCUCAUUGGUGAAGAGAAGGGGAACCUUCGUCACAGCCAAAGCACUGAGGACUGCUGCUGCUGUUAUGGGGAUGAUCCUGCUGUCAUAGCAGAGAAUGCUGGAUUCCACUCUGAGAGCUGCAGUGAGGCAGAAGAGACAACCCAAGAGGACAUGUCUGUGGAGUCAGAAAAUGAAAAUGCAGCACUAGAAGAGCAAAAAGCCAGUGAUGCAGAUGAAACGGGCACACUGAGAAAGCGCAACACGAAAGGGCUUGAUUGAUAGGGAACAUAGUGGAUGUUACCUGGAUGGUAAAGGUAGAGGUCAUAAACUGUCAUUUGUGUGGCUUUUGUUCCCAAUGAGGACUUCCCUAUGUUCAUGUCCUUGUACAAAUUUAAUUCUCGUGGUACCAGUCAUCAUCUACCUGAAGUGGAAGCCAAUGCCCUCUUUCAUGCACUCUCGUCAUGGGUUACCAUGAUGUUGCCAACAGCGCUUUGUCCUUGAUUUUUGAAGCCUGGUAUCUUGGAGCAGAUGAUAUGGAGCAGAUAUUUAUGACUCUUUCCAGUUCCAAAGGAACAGUCCUUGGUUUUGCCCUUUGUCAUCCCAGAGUUAACCAAAUGUCUCUUCUGACUUUUUCAAAAAUAUCUGUGUGCUACCAGUUAGGAAAAUUAAUCAAAUUCUUGUGUGUGUAUAUAUAUAUAUAUAUAUAUAUAUAUAUAUAUAUAUAUAUAUGAGUGUACAGGACGCUGGAGGAGAAAGUAUGCCUUCUUUCUUUUACCUGAAUGUUACCUGAUCAGAACAGAUCACAGUCACACAUGACUUUCUCAAUUGUCAUUGCUGCUGUACGCCCAAGAAACUGUUGUCACUACAACCCACAAAACUCAUAUGCUACCCCAACCCACAGCCCAUUUCCCAGUUAUUCUCUGUUGCAGGAACAGUGGUCUAAUCCACGUUGUGUUACUUGUGUGAGCCAGACUGAAGUGCUGUGAGUUGUUCUUUAACUUUGCCAUAGGUGUGGUGAAACUCCCAGGCGAGAGCAGGAAGUGGACUAUAUAAUAUGUGAGAGCACUAAAAAUAUCCCUAGAGAUUAAAAACAAAAAAAGCAGCU